UAAGAGUUUCAAUAAUGGCGACUGUGUGUGUACGCCAGCCUCAGUUCGGCGGUUUCAGUUUCGACAACUGCAAGAGGAAUGCUCAACUAGAAUGUAAUGCUGCUAAACUUGGAUUCAGCCUCCCCAAUGCACGUAAAACUGGCACGACUAUCUGUGGAGUCGUGUAUAAGGAUGGUGUUAUUCUGGGAGCUGAUACAAGAGCAACUGAAGGAAUGGUUGUAGCAGAUAAGAACUGCUCGAAGAUCCACUACAUCUCUCCUAACAUCUACUGUUGCGGAGCUGGUACGGCAGCAGACACCGAGAUGACCACUCAGUUAAUCUCCUCUAAUCUGGAGCUGCAUUCUCUCUCCACCAACCGUCUUCCAAGAGUCGCCACAGCCAAUCGCAUGCUCAAACAGAUGCUCUUCAGAUACCAGGGCUAUAUUGGAGCAGCGCUGGUGUUGGGUGGGGUUGACUGCAAUGGUCCCCACUUGUACAGCAUCUACCCUCAUGGCUCAACAGACAAGCUACCCUAUGUUACCAUGGGCUCUGGAUCCCUGGCUGCUAUGGCUGUGUUUGAAGAUCGAUACAGGCCUGACCUGGAGGAGGAGGAGGCAAAGCUCCUGGUGCGUGAUGCAAUAGCAGCUGGUAUAUUCAACGAUCUGGGCUCAGGCAGUAACAUUGAUCUGUGUGUGAUCAGCAAAGGCAAAGUGGACUACCUAAGACCACAUGAUGAAGCCAACAAGAAGGGCAUCAGAACUGGUGAUUACAAGUACAAGCAAGGCACCACAGGUGUUCUGACAAAGUCUGUGACCCCAGUCCAGAUGGAGGUGGUGGAGGAGAGCGUGCAGACUAUGGACACCUCUUGAAGACAAUUGGAAGAGAGGGUUUUUUUUUUUUGUUGUAUUUCAUGUAUGGCAAUGUUACGCCACUGUUUACAAUAAAAAUGUUAUGAAAA